AUGACAACCAAGCUGCUGCUGCUGCUGCUGCUGCUGCUGCUGCUGCUGCUGCUGACUCGGUUGCCUGGAACUGCAAUACCAGGCUGUGUUAUGACCUCGAGCCGAGUUUUAUUGUCUUUUCGCCCAUGCUUCUCAUUCUCCCACCGCUACUCAGUCUCCCAGGAGACCCAGCGUUACUACCAUAGGAUUCGUGGAUAUUCUUGUACAACUGCGCUCCGAACUCAAACACCAGAGAAUGGCACUUCUUUCCACCAUCUUUACGAGCCCAUCGAGGACGUGGAGAGACUGGAAGGCUACCGCGUGGGGGGCUAUCACCCCAUAGUGAUCGGGGACCAUCUUCAUAAUCGCUAUCGGGUGGCUCACAAGCUGGGACACGGCGCAUACUCGACUAUCUGGCUGACUCGAGAUCAAAAGCUCAGCAGAUAUGUCGCCGUCAAAGUGUGUAUAGCGGAUUCGAGUCCGCUAGAAUUUGAUGUUCUCUCCGAACUUGCUAGCUCGCAACCAACCGCGAGCAUAAACUUGGAAAGGACGAUGAUCCCUUCAAUGCUAGAUAGAUUUAGUAUCCAGGGUCCUAAUGGCACACACUCCUGCUAUGUCACAGUCCCAGCCAGAGUGAGUCUCUCGCAGACCAAGGAUGGUUCAUAUAAUCGAUUCGUUCACGGAGAUCUUCACUACGGGAAUAUCCUCCUUCGGCUGCCGUUCUUUUUGGAUCGGAUCUCUGACGAGGAGCUGUACAAAAAGUACAGAGAACCGCCGCUUGAGCCAAUAAGACGUUUUGACGGGGAGCCCGUCUCGUCACACGUCCCGACUCAUGCUGUGAUACCAAUAUGGUUCGGAGAAGCAAGCGAUGCCCUCACACUCCCAGAAGCCAAGAUCAUCCUCUCUGAUUUUGGCGAGGCGUUCUCUCCUACCAAGCAACAAAGAUAUGAAUCCCACACUCCACUCGUGAAUCGCCCCCCGGAGGUUCGAUUCGAACCACACAAGCCUCUUUCCUUCCCAUCGGACAUCUGGUCCCUUGACUGCUGUAUUUGGAAUAUCAUCGCCCAACGUUCGCUUUUCGAAGACUGGUUUGCAACUGAGGAUGACAUAACCUGUGAGCAAGUCGAUGCACUUGGCAUAUUACCUCCGGAAUGGUGGCAUCAAUGGAAGGAGCGACACAAUUGGUUCACCGAAGAUGGGAAGCUGAUCAAUCGAAAGCCGUAUCGGUGGUGGGAGGAUAGGUUUGAGAACAGCGUGCAGCAGCCUCGACAAGACCAAAAGAUGCCGCGAAUUGAAUCGGCGGAGCGGGAUGCCAUUUUCUCGAUGCUGCGGUCGAUGCUUUCGUUCAGGCCUGAAUGCCGGCCUACUGCCAGGCAGAUUCUUGAAUCUGAGUGGAUGGUCAAGUGGGCUCUGCCUGAGUUCGAGAAGAUCCGGUAG